AUGACGAAACAGCGUCUUGGCAGCCUCCACAGCUCCGUUGCGAGCCUGCAUCUCUCUGAUCGAGCUCCUGCUUCAGCUUCCCCGCAGAAGUCUCAAUCGCAGUCCAGUCCCUCUUUCGACCCCCAAUCCUAUGCCAAACCCUUCUGCGACUUCAUCACUUCUAAUCCCACCAUCUUCCACGCCGUCGACCACUUCACGCGCCAGCUCGAUGCCCACGGCUACCAGCGCCUCUCCGAACGCGACUCGUGGACGUCCGUCCUGCAGCGCGGCGGAAAAUACUAUGUCACCCGCAACGGCAGCGCCCUGAUCGCCUUCGCCAUCGGCAGGGACUACAAGGCCGGCAAUGGCUUUGCCGUCGUGGCUGGCCACAUCGACGCCCUGACCGCCAAGCUCAAGCCCGUCUCCAAGCUGCCCUCCAAGGCCGGCUUCGUCCAGCUGGCCGUCGCCCCCUACGCCGGCGCCCUGAACAAGACCUGGUGGGAUCGCGACCUCUCCAUCGGCGGCCGCGUGCUCGUCCGCGACCCGGCCACCGGCGUCGUCAAGCAGCGUCUCGUCAAGCUCGACUGGCCCAUCGCCCGGAUUCCGACGCUGGCGCCGCACUUUGGCGCUGCGGCCCAGGGGCCGUACAACCUGGAGACGCAGAUGGUGCCCAUUAUCGGGAUCGACAAUUCAGACCUCUUUGGAGAAAAUGCUACGGAUGAAGACAUCUCGAUCAAACCAGGCACGUUCGCCGCGACCCAACCCCCCAAACUCGUCCGGGCCAUUGCGGGCCAGCUCGGCGUCACCGACUACAGCAACAUUAUCAGCUGGGAGCUGGAGCUGUACGACAGCCAGCCGGCGCAGCUGGGCGGGCUGGACAAGGAGUUCAUCUUCGCGGGGCGCAUUGACGACAAGCUGUGCUGCUACGCGGCGCAGGAGGCGCUGCUGGCGUCGCCGGACGACGCGUCGCCGGGGCUGGUCAAGCUGGUGGGCAUGUUCGACGACGAGGAGAUUGGCAGUCUGCAGCGGCAGGGCGCGCGGUCCAACUACCUGAGCAGCGUGAUGGAGCGGAUCGUGGAAGCGUUUGCCGGUACGACGUCCUACGGACCGAAUGUCCUCUCGCAGACAGUCGCCAACAGCUUCCUCGUCUCGUCCGACGUCAUCCACGCCGUGAACCCCAACUUCCUGAACGCGUACCUUUCGCAGCACUCGCCGCGGCUGAACGUCGGGGUGGCCGUAUCGGCAGAUCCGAACGGGCACAUGGCGACCGACAGCGUCAGCACUGCCAUCCUACAAGCCGUGGCAGAGCGGUGCGGCUCGAAACUGCAAGUCUUCCAGAUCCGCAACGACAGCCGCAGCGGCGGCACCAUCGGGCCCAUGACGAGUGCGCGCAUCGGCCUGCGCGCCAUCGACGCGGGCAUCCCGCAGCUGAGUAUGCACAGCAUCCGCGCGACGACGGGGAGCUUGGAUCCGGGGCUGGGCGUGCAGCUGUUCAAGGGGUUUUUUGACUAUUUCGAGGAGGUGGAUCGGGAGUUUCAGUCUUUUUAA